ACAACUUAGAUAGCUGCACUUUAACAAACUGAAGGCCAUGAGGUUUGCAAUUUCUUUCGCUAGAGGGCUCAGAAGUGCUUUGAGUAAAAGAGCUGCCACAGGCUGCUUUGUCGCUGGGGGGAGUCUUCUUGCAUCUUAUGCUGUCUAUUCGUAUUAUGAAUUUCCAACGCAGAAACCGUUGUUCACAGCAUUAUGUUCCACUAAAAUUGCUCCCCAAGGAUCGGUAUGAUGUAGGAAUUUUAAUGUUGCGAUUUUACUUAGGUUGUAAGUGAGACAAAAGCACAUGCUGUUUAUCUUACGAUUCACUUGGAUCCACGAGCAUCAGCACAUGACUGUUUGAGAUCCAUUGGACAAAUCAAGGUAAUGGUUGUAAUUCUAGUGUUUCCAUUUAUCUUUUUUUGCGAAAUACGGAGAUGAUGUGCUCCAUUUAUAUUCUGCACCGUAUACGAUGUAGAAACGCUUCCAACCGCGCUUUAAAUUCCUUUUUCUCGAUACUGUCAGCUAUUGAUCAUCACUUUAAAACCUGUGUCAAAAUCGCAAGUAUAUGCUAGGAUCGACCCUCCGCCUGAAAAUCCUAAACAUGUAGAUGCAAUCUGUCCACCUGAUAUGCGUAGCGAAGAUGAUGAAAUUUUAUAUGGUGUUGGUUUCGGAGUUGAAUUCCUGCAAAAAGUGUAUCCUGACUUUAAAUCUAAAGGAGUUAACAAUUUUGAAUAUCGUGAAAGAUCAGGGGCUUUAGGCGGAUUACCUAAGACAGGUGGUGAUAUAUUCAUUCAUGCAAAGUGUCAUGAAUAUGGGAAGCUGUUUGAAUUAACUCAAGCUGUCAUCAAUAACCUGCCAUCUGGUUCUGUGGCUAAGUUUGAAGAUAUCUACGGUUGGGUUUAUCGUAAUGGACGUGAUUUAAGCGGUUUCAUUGAUGGCACGGAGAAUCCAGCCGAUCCUGAUGAACGAGCUGAGGUGGCAAUCAAUCCAAAAACAGGUGGAAGUUACGCCGUUGUUCAAAGAUGGAUUCAUAAUAUGGAUGUGAUUAGAACGGCAAAAGAACAAACCAAAGAAGGCUGGAUUGGUCGAACACUGAGUGACAGUAUUGAAUUAAAGAAGAAACCAAUCACAUCACAUGUUUCUAGAAUGGUUGGAUCCCCAGAUUAUGACGCCACACCAAAAUUCAAAAUAGUCCGUCAGUCACAACCAUAUGGUACACUGUCUGGAGAUGCUGGCCUCUUGUUCAUUGCCUAUGCAGCCGAUACAAAGAAUUUCGACUAUAUGUUAGAUCGUAUGACCGGUGACAGUCCUGAUGGCAAGCAUGAUGAUGUUAUGCGUUUCACUAAAUGCGUGAGUGGCAAUUAUUGGUAUUUCCCGAGUGGAGCUGAAUUCGAUCGUUUGGUUAGCAGUGGUGGAAGCGGUCGACGUGGAUUUUGGUGAUUCACACAGACACAGACACACACACAAACAGUCGAUUUUCCAACUUUCGUGUUGUUGCCUUGCUUAUCUGAUCUCAUUUGCUUUCUUUAUUUCUUUCUGUCUUUCUUUUCCGCAAUUAGCAGUCAUUAAUCAUGAAUUAAAAAUUUUUAUAAAUUUGUAAUAAUUGUGUUUUAUUGCGUUUGAAAACUACUCCGAUGGAGGCGAAUAUAACUACUCCCUGUCUGUGCAUAGGGCGUAACUAAUAUGAUGUUAAUUUGACGAAGUUAAAAAUAAAACACGGGGAUCUAA